AUGAACAUACAAAUUAAGUAUAAACAGCAGUGUAAAGCAGUUGAUUCAUCAACACCUCUCAGCAAUAAUGAUGAAGCAAUAUUAGAUUUGAAAACGAUUCUUGACACAUUCAGUAUACCACAUAAUGAUCGAUCAACGGUUUUAGUAGAAUAUCCAAAGGUAAAACUACGAGAAAUUGAUGAUACUAUUGAAUAUAUAGAUGAUAUCAUUGUCGAACACAUGAAUCCAUAUGGCUGUUUCUCAUGCAAAGCCAAUUUUGAUGAUGAAGAUAUCGGAAUUGCAGUUAUUCUUUCUGAUGCUGUUUAUCAGAAUAAUCCUAUUGAAUUUGCUCCUGAUGCACCUUAUCCAUAUUUAUUAGCAUUAACAACAAAAAAAAUAGAUUCUUACGACGACGAAACGUUAUGGGUAGCAUUUAGACGUACAACAAAUACGAAAGAUAUAUUAACUGAUUUAAUUGUUAAUACUACUUUAUCAAUAUCAGGCAUGGUACAUCACGGCUUUUCGAAACGUGCAUUCGAAUUUCCUCAUGACAGAUUUGCUUAUGAAACUUAUCAGAACAACGCUCAUAAACGUUUGAUAUUGACUAGUCAUUCAUUAGAUGGAAAUUCAAAUUCAAAAACAUUAGUUGAUUUAAUAUCAAAAAAAUUAUCGAAGUUUAGUUCAAAUAGUCAAAAGUUUACCGACGAAAAUAUCAGUCGACAUUUCAUGAAAAAUUAUAUUUCAUCAUUAAAAUCAUGUAACAAAAUUAAUUGUGAACCAACUCUGUUUCAACAAAGUCAAUUAGUGAACGAAUUAAAAGAGUUCAAUCCUAUAGUAAAAUCUGCCUCAGCUAUAGGUUUUGAUACGGACGUCAAAAUAACGACAAAGGGAAGUAAUUUAUAUUUCAUAUCAUCACAUAAAUCAAAAUGUUUAUUAACGUCAGCUCAAUUAUUUGAAGACAACUCAAUUUUUGUAAUACUAACAAAAACAAGAGAAGAAUUAGUUUUGUUUAAUGAUCAAUUAGUUUUAGCUGAUAAACGCACUACAGUUGCUCCGCAAAUAAAUAAAUUGGCAACCCAUUUUGGUGAAAUAGAUUUACCAUUACAUAUUAAAGAUUUUGGGACUGAACAACAUAUUAAUACAUUUACACAUCUACUCGAAACACAUUUCAGUUAUUGUUCCAAUAGUAGAAAUGACGGCCAGCCCAUAACGGUCAAUGAGACUUUACAUGUUGAUAUGAAAGAUUUAAUAAAUAAUUUACAUGAAACGGUGUCGCAGAUGCCCAACUAUAGUUAUGAUAAACCAUUUAUUCAACGAGCAUCAGAACAUCCUCUUUUAUUCAUAAUCUGUGGUAUUGGAAUAUUAAUUGAAGGAGGUGUUGUUAUUGAAUGUUGCGCAUUCGGUACUCUUAGAUGUUGUUUAAUAAAUUACAGUGCUGCGGUUAUUGAAGUUCUAGGGGGUAUUCAGGCAAGUGCUAUGGGAAUUGUUGGGUUAGGAACUAGUAUAGCAGCACUCAUUUGA